GUCACAUUGCGCACUUGCCGUUCCGCCGUAAUGGGAUCUGAGGUACAGUGCACGAAGUACCAACUGCGCCUCGGUCAACAUCAACAACAACAUCUAACAGCUAAACAUAACUUGAAAUCUAAUAAUAAUAAUAAACCCACUCCAACGCCAUUUCAACAUAUAUACCUAUAUAGGAGGUCACCCGAAUAAAACCCCGUCCCCCGCGAUGGAUUUCGCACCAUACCAAUCCUCCCCGCCGGAAAACAACCGCCCCUUCUCCCCUCCGCGAUCCAACGCCGCGUCGCCGCGCGCUACUUCUUCCUUCGACACCCGACGGCCCUUCUCCCCUUCGCAGCAGCAGCAGCAGCGCGGCUUCGCGUCCAAGUCCCCGCCCCCCUUACAGCACCCGCAGCCCCAGCGCUCGUGGCAGGCCGCGCUCCCCGGCGGCGGUACCGGCGGCGGUUAUGCGCCUGAGACCGGGGCCUACGUGAGCGAGUUCGACACCAGCCUCGGCAUACGGCUCGAUUACGAGGCGUGUCUGGCGUACCUCGCGCUGCCGCCGCUGGGCGCUAUUAUACUGCUGAUUGUCGAGCGGAAGAGCGAUUUCGUCAGCUUCUCGCGCAUACCCAUGCUAACGUCUCGUCUCAUUGCCAGGUUCCACGCGUGGCAGUCUAGUCUGUUAUUCACCGUCAUUUUCAUCGUACACCUGCUAUUCUCGUGGUCAACAUUCCUCAGCUGGGUCUUAUUCCUCGCGGAUCUAGGUCUGAUGGGUUGGCUAGCUCAGCGGGCAUAUCGAGACGCAGAUACGUUAGAUCGAUUCGAAGUUCCUGUUUUCGGUCAAAUAGCAAGUCGAAUACUUGACGACGAGUAGAAAGCUUCCUGCGACUCGCUUACGUGGGAAGAGGGACGUCAGAAGAUGGAAAUAUAGGUAGAGUUUCGAUCCGUGGCUUUAUUUCGCUGUAUCAUGUCGACUACUACUACUACUACGGAUGUUGUAUAUACCCCCCAAAUGCCCUAGAUUGGCCUCGGUUCUAAUACCAACUAAUACCACAAGCUUUACCUACU